AUGACUUCCUGUGGGUCGGAUAUUCCUGAGAAGUCUGAGUCUUUCAUGUUUCCCCAAGAUAAAGUGGUUCCUGUGGGCAGUAACAUGACCUUCUGCUGCAUUGUUAAGGAGAAGGACGAUUUCAAAGAAAUGAUGUACGGGCGUCAGGAGAUGAGCGCCACACGACUGAGCAGAAGAACGUAUGCCAUCACAGUAACCAACCAGCCAGCAUCGGGCAACACGGGCACCAACGUGAUCUGCUGUUCCCAAAGGUUGACCCUCACAGGAGCUGUGGUGUUUGUAGGCUAUCCGCCGGGCGAUGAGGGCUUGGUCUGCGAGACGCGGGACCUUGCAUCCGCAGAAUGUUCUUGGAAGAAAGGACGAGACACUCGCUUGAGAAUGAAGCGCAGCCGCACUAAAUACACCCUUAAUGGAAGGGACUGUUUGGAGGCUAAUGAAAGGAAGACAUGGUGGUGUAGCUCGAAGGUCUGGGAGGAGAGCUGGACUCUGGUGGCUCGAAAUCCUCUUGGAACAGUCCAGCUUACUGACUCGGCCCAACUCACUGACCGCGUACAUCUGUUGGCUCCAGUGAAUGUGACAGCGGUUGAAGUCGAGGCGUGGAGCGCCACACUGCAGUGGAGCUGGUCUGUGGCUUCGUAUAAAAAGCUGGAGAUGGUCUGCCAGCUGCAGCUCUUCGCCCAUGAACUUUCCAGCACGCGUAACUACAGUGGUCCAGGUUUAUCUUCUGUGGUGCUGGAGAGUUUGCGGCCAGAUGUGGACUACACUGUGACUUUGCGCUGCGGCUCUAAGCACAGUUUCUGGAAGUGGGGGAAUGAGAGCGCCCCCUUCAGGAUCCACACUAAAAUGGACCGUCCUGAUGCUCUUGAUGUCUGGAUGUGGAUGGACAGCAGUAACACAGGACGUGUUUUUUGGAAACCUCUGUCCGUGAGAAAAAGUCACGGCGCAUUAGUCGGCUACGAGGUUUCUCAGAGCUCAGCGGAGGAGGAUGGGAGGACACCGGUUUCUCUUCCUCCUGGGAACUUCAGCUAUCCCAUCAUCCUUAACAACAGCAGUGACAUCACCGUUGCCGUGGCAGCGCGAAACCCAGCUGGUCUCUCUCAUGUUACACUCCAUGCGUUGUCUGUGAUCUCCUUUCCUGUAGAUUCCCAGCUGUCUGUGUCUGAGCUGCUCGGCACAAAUGGAUCAUUUGUCCUCUCCUGGCAGCCUAAUGUCAAUGCGAGCAGCGGGUACGCUGUGGAGUGGGUCCCGACCGGCUGCAGUGGACUCUGCCCCGUUGACUGGAAGAAAGUUCCAGAAUCAGACUGCAGCUUCACAGUGAACUCAGACUCUCUGGUGGCAGGAGUGAGGUACACCGUAUCCGUGUACUCUCUCUCGACCGGCGCUCUUACGCUGCUGCAGAGAUGGCAGGGAUACUCCCAGGAAAUGAUUCCUUCACAGUCGGUUAGUAAGCUGUCACCCAUUCAGACUGGCUCUGAUGUGCUGCUGUCUUGGAAAGCCACCGCGAUGGAACACCAGAGAGGCUUCAUACGCGGAUACACCGUCUACCUGGCAAAUGCUGCACAUCUGGAUCUCAUUGCUAAUAUCUCUGAUCCUGAAGUGCAGUCGUACAGGGUGAAGGGUUUGUCUCCGAGCUUUUAUAAGUUCGUAGUGAAGGCCUACACCUCAGCUGGGGAGGAUGCAGGGUCGACUGUGGACAUUAAAAUAGAGAUGGACACUGCCGACAUGUUGUUUGUUGGCAUUCUUGUGCCGUUGGGAAUCAUGUUCUGCUGUCUCAUCCUCAUCAGCAUCUGCUGCUACAAGAAGAGAGAGUGGGUAAAGAAAGCUUUCUAUCCUGAAAUCCCUGGACCUAAAGUACCCGGAGACUGGUCCUCCCCACAGGGUCCUCUGGAUGUGAAGCCCUCUCCUCACAGUCUGGUCCACAUUGUGGAGAAUCCGGAGAGGGAUUUCACUAAGGAAGGCCUGUUCCUGGUCCCAGAGGAAGAAGAGGAGUCUGAGAAUGACAACAUCGAGGUCGACACUGACUCGGAUGAACCGGCCCUGCUGAGAUACUACAACCAGGUGGUCGGUGACGGCUCACACAGUAACCAGGUCUCAGACUCCUCCGGUUCCUCGACCGCCUCGGUGGGCUCCACGCAGACUGAAAUCACCUACGCGGGCAUCCAGAGCCCCACCUCCUCGCAGGGGGCGUGCGGUGGCGGAGGUUACAGGCCUCAAAUGCAGUCCGUCGCGGGUCCGGCCGAGCCUCAAAUCGAAUUCGAGGCCGACUUCCAAGACGAUGGAUUGAAUACAGGCUACAAACCCCAGUGUUCCUGGCAGCUGGAUUCUCCAGAGGCGGAAAACUUUAGCGGUUCGCUUGGCAGCCCUACAUCGGUCACAUCAUCCCAGUUCCUCAUUCCUGAAUCCUCUGAAGAGAAACCACAGCCUUCAAACACCUGGUUCCACAAUUUUCUCUCUGGAAAAUCCUGAGAACGCACUAGCUUUUAUUUUUCAUGUUCGUUUGUGCCGUUCACCUUUAGGAGGAUGUUUUCGGUUCGUUUUAGGGUUUGUGCCUAUCGCUCACAUUUACGUAAUCAAUGUCACUACUGUUUCUCAAGGACUUGUGAUACUGACCAGACAGGUGAAGUACUACUGAAGAGCUGAAGGUGGUCGUAUCUUCUCGCGCUCGCUCGGAGCAGUAUGACGGUUUCCCUUAGGAACGUCGCUUCUAUUCGUACGAAAGUGUUCGUGCCUCUUUCUUGCAGUGUUAUUGGAGUGAUCGCAGUACAUUUUCAUCCUUACAGCAUUAUAUUGUGUGCAACAUUUCACAGCUUUUUUUUUUUCAGUCCUAAUUUUACUAACAGUUUUGUAGCAGUCAGACGUAGGAGGUCCAAAAAGCAGCCUAAGGCUACGUUUACACGACACCGAUGUAGUCAAAAACGGAAAAGUUUUUCCCUUGCGUUU